AUGUCUCGCCAAUCCACUGUAAGGUUCCAGAGCGGAAAACAGGGCUUCAGUGCCUCUUCUGCCAUCAUCCCAAACAGCUGCCGCACCAGCUACAGCUCACGUUCUGUAUCCCGGGCCGGAGGUUGCGGUGUUGGCGCUGGUGCUGGAAGGGUUGUUGGCGGUGGCAGUUGCUUUGGCAGCAGAAGCCUCUACAACCUAGGUGGAUCUAAAAGAAUCUCCAUGGCUGGAAGCAGUGGUGGCUUUCUGUGUGGCGCUCCAGGCCCAGUUGGUUUUGCUGGUGGCGCUGGCUGCGGAUUCGGUUUCGGUGGCGGAGCAGGCGGUUGCUAUGGGUUAGCUGGCGCUGGGUUUGGUGGUGGAAGAGUUGGCCCUGGGUUCCCUGUUUGCCCACCUGGCGGGAUCCAGGAAGUGACCAUCAACCAGAGCCUUCUAACACCUCUCAACUUGGAAAUCGACCCCACCAUCCAGAGGGUGCGUAAAGAGGAGAAGGAGCAAAUCAAGACCCUCAACAACCAAUUCGCCUCCUUCAUUGACAAGGUCCGAUUCCUCGAGCAGCAAAAUAGAGUGCUGGAAACCAAAUGGAGCCUGCUGCAGGAACAGGGACAAAAAACCGUGAAAAACAACAUUGAGCCCUUCUUUGAAAAUUACAUCGGUAAUCUCAGGAGGCAGCUGAACAACCUGAUGAAUGAGAGAGGAAGACUUGAAGGGGAGGUGAACAAUAUGCAAAACGUGGUGGAGGAUUUCAAGAACAGGUACGAAGAUGAAAUCAACAAGCGCACAACUGCCGAGAAUGACUUUGUGACCCUCAAGAAGGAUGUGGACAGUGCCUACAUGAACAAGGUGGAGCUGGUUGCCAAGGUGGACUCCCUGACUGAUGAGAUCAAUUUCCUGAGAGCCCUGUAUGAAGAGGAACUGGCUCAGAUGCAGACGCAGGUCUCCAACACCUCCGUCGUUCUGUCUAUGGACAACAACCGAGACCUGGACCUGGACGGCAUCAUUGCUGAAGUCAAAGCACAGUACGAGGAGAUCGCUAACAGGAGCCGAGCUGAGGCUGAAUCUUGGUACCAAACUAAGUAUGAAGAGCUGCAGGUUACCGCUGGCAGACAUGGGGAUGACCUCCGCAACACCAAACAUGAGAUCUCAGAGCUGACCCGAAUCGUCCAGAGACUGCGGAAUGAAAUUGACAAUGUGAAAAGACAGUGCGCCAACCUGCAAGCGGCCAUUGCCGAGGCCGAGGAGCGCGGCGAACUGGCCCUCAAGGAUGCCCAGGGUAAACUGGCUGAGCUGGAGGAAGCCCUGCAGAAGGCCAAGGGAGAUUUGGCGCGUCAGCUGCGGGAGUACCAGGAGCUGAUGAACGUCAAGCUAGCGCUGGAUAUCGAGAUCGCCACCUACAGGAAGCUGCUGGAAGGAGAGGAGAGCAGGCUGUGUGGAGAAGGUGUUGGUGCAGUGAAUAUUUCUGUGGUCUCCUCAACUGUUGGAGGUGGGUAUGGAAGCAGAAGCGGUCUCGGCAUGGGAAGUGGAAGCGGUGUCUGCAUUGGAGGUGGAAGCAGUCUUGGCAUGGGAGGUGGAAACGGUGUCUGCGUUGGAGGUGGAAGCAGUCUUGGCAUGGGAGGUGGGCUCUGUGUUGGAGGAAGCAACUUCAGCUCUGGAAGCGGAAGAGGCAUCGGCGGGUUGAGCCUCGGAGGCGGAAGCGGCUCUAGCGUGAAAUUCGUCUCAACUACCUCUUCCACCAAAAGAAGCUACAAAAGCUAA